AUGGCCACUUUCCAGAUUCCUACGCCUGCCCGGACACCGACUUCACCGCCUGAGUCAUCGACAAGGGUCAAAAAGAAGCAAGCGACAAGCUACAAGGCGAUCAAGUUCAAGCCGUGGAAGCCGGCUGGGUCUCCGCGCCCACACGACAAGGCCCGUGGCGGCACGCACAAAUGGCGCCUCGAUCGCGAUCAGAGGCAACAGCCUCGUCUCAACCAACGUAUUGAUGAUGAUGUCUCGGCUUUAGAUGAAGAAGACGCGCAGCCAGUGGUGAAUACGAAGUACAGCUACGCAUUGCCAUCGCCUUUACAGCGACUGCCCCAAAACGGCCACCGCCAGGACCCCUUUGUCAUCCUACCUCUCGAGGCUACCCCAUUCGUCACAAGCUCUUUGGACUUCUUCCUCGCGACGUGUGUCCCUGAGAACCGGAACUCCGAGUGGCUGGUGGGUCGACCGAAUCCACAUAUGGCACUACUCUUUCCCUUUAUGCUGAAGAACGCCAUGCUCUUUGAGACCAUCACUACACUAUGCCAAGGCUCGAUUCUGCUCUCACAAGGGAAGAAAGUCGAAGAUGAUCAGGCCUUCGUGUAUCAUCGGGCCCAUGCUAUGAAGACGAUUACGCAGAAUCUUACUUCGUCGGAUGGGCUCAGCGAUGCAUCUAUACUUAGCGUCGCUAUGAUCCUCACUCUUGAGUACUUGCUGGGCAACGUUGCUGCGGUCGCUGCCCACCUUUCAGGCAUUCAGCGCAUGGCGGAGAUGCGAAAAGAUCUAGAUGGCUCGACACCGUGGAAGCGAUUUGUCAAGGCUGGUAUCGUUGCAUAUCAGUCACUGGGAUCAUUUAUCACUGGAGAGCCCAUGUCGAUCCCCGGUUCGUCGGGCGGCUUUGUCAAAGAGGCAUUUGUUGAACUGGAACUGGACAAGCCGCUUGCCUACCCACGUCUGCCGUUCUCACCAGAGCUGUGUACGGUCUUGGCCAGACUGCCCUCUGGAUUCGCCGAAAUGAGUUUAUCCGGCAAUAUUUCACAACAGACGAUGAAGUUUAUUGCUUUCACCAACGCGACCACAUCCUACCGCGAAUCACAGGACACGUUUGAUGAGCGGCUGGAUCACGAGGUCCAUAUCAUGCUCUCUGCGCUUCAGCGUAUGUCCAUGAUGCAGGCUACCACGAUAGAGCGGCAUCUCUAUUGCGGUCUCCUCGCCUAUGCCUUCCAGCUACGCCAGCUUCGCCCUCUAAAUCUAUUCCACGACCCGCAGCUUCGCGACUUCAUACGAUUACUGCGAAACCACGAGAAGCCGGACUCGGCCCGAGGACAGGAGCUGAUGGUCUGGAUAUCGAUUGCGGCGGCAGGAGCUUUGAAUCUGCGCAUUAUAGCCUUACCGGGCUCCUCCGAAGUGCUGGACAGGAUGUUCCAGCUGUACCCUUCGGCCACCAGCUGGUCUUACGUGGAGCCACUGCUCAAGUCCUACUUCUGGACCACGAAGAUUGGAGAGCAUUGGAACAAGUGCUGGGCUGCCGGCCUUGAACGGUGGCGGAAGAUCGAGAAACGGGUCACUCAACCUAUGAAAGUUGAGCUGGUCUAUCCGGGCAAUGCUAUUGCCGCGCGCACCGAAGAGGAUGGUGAAGAGUCCGUCAGUUAUGAAGCCAUGAUGGCCCAUCACCGUGGAGCGGUAUACAGUAUUGCAUCCAUGAUGGAGGCGGCAAGGAAGUGCCCCUUCCAGUCCAGACUGGGCCCGUCUAUCGAGGGCGCGCACAGGAUGAUUGCACAGCCCACCGAUGCGGCGGCAUCUGAAGGAUGA